UUUUUUCCAAAAUACGUACAAAUUCAUACCAUUAUUUAUCAUUACAAUAUAUAUUAUAAUAUAUAAAAUUGGUGUAUAAUGUGGAGAUGAGGGUGUUGAAUGUGUAUAAUGUGGUUGGUUUUUUGAUAUGUUUAUUUUACGGUUUAAAAACAACGCCGUAUCACAUUUUUUACAUAUAUUCCAAGGUGUUGUUGGUCCUUAACCUUUACAGAUACAUUCCCUUCUUCUGGGAUGUUAUUUUUUACACUUCUCUCUUCCUAUCAUUCCACUCUCUACUGGAUUCCAUCCAACAAUUUAACGGAAUUACCACGGCGUUUCGCGUUAUUUUCACUAAUCAACUGAAGAAUAAACGAAAUAGAAUGUUAAUGGAGCAGAUUUUGAGCUCACUGUUUUGCCUAGUUUGCUGGUCGUUUAUUAAGUUUUACAGGUCAGAACGGGAUAAGUCACAUGAACUCAUACUAAGAAGACAGGAAACUACCGAAUAUCAACUACUACACAAUACUUGCCUUAAAAUUUGAUACUCAACAUAAUUUGUAUACUCAUUACAAA